AAUUGGUAUUAGAGCAAGGGCUCCAAUUUGAAGGUUUAACCACCUAGGAGUUGAUUGGGGAUGGCUCAAUUUCAAUCUUCUUAACCACUUGAAGAUUUGUCUACCACUAAGCCUCCUUUCUUUGAUGGUACUAAUUAUAAUUAUUGGAAGAAUAGGAUGAAGGUCUUCAUGCUUGCAAAUGUGCCCAAGGCAUGGAUUGUGACUAUGAAAGGACCAUAUGUGCCUAUGAAAGUAGUUGGGGAAAGUGAGGUGCCAAAGGAAGAAGUUGAAUGGAAUGAUGAAGACUUGGUGAAGAUCAUGAUCAACAACAAAGCAAUCAAUAUGCUUCAAUGUGCUCUCAAUCCAACGGAAUUCCAUAGAGUAUUUGGAUGUGAUACGGCCAAGGAGAUGUGGGACAUGUUGGAGGUAACACAUGAAGGAGCAAGCCAAGUGAAGGAGUCAAAAAUCAAUAGACUUAUUUACAUGUAUAAGCUUUUCAAGAUGAAACCGGAGGAGGGCAUUCAAGAUAUGUAUACAAGAUUGAAUGAUAUAGUCACCAAUGUCAAGGCUUUUGGUAAAGUCUAUCCUUCUCAAGAAGUAGUGAGGAAGGUUCUUAGAAGCUUGCCCAAGAAUUGGGAAGCCAAGAAGACCGCAAUUGAAGAGCCUAAGGAUCACAACAUCCUCAAGCUUGAAGAUCUCAUUGGAAAAUUGAUGACAUAUGAGAUAGAAGUUCAAGUUAAUGGUGGAGUUGAAGUAGUUGAGAAUAAGAAGAAGAAUGUUGCUUUCAAGGCUAGCAACCAAAAGGAAGAAAGUGAAGAUGAUGCUAGUAAUGAUGAGUCUAGCAAUGAGGAGGACAUCACCAAAUUGAUUUCAAAGGAAUGCAACAAGAUGGGGCACUAUAGAAAUGAAUGUCCCAAAUUGAAGAAGGGUGAAAGGAAAAACAAGAAGAGCAUGAAGAAGAAAGCUUUUACCGCCACUUGGAGCAAUGAUGAGACUAGCUCAAUGGAAAGUGAAAGCUCCUUGGAAAAUGGUGUUGCAAAUCUUUGCUUCAUGGCUCAAGAGGAUAGCUACAAUGAUGAGGAGGUAAACUCUAACUUUUCUAGUUCAAUUAAUGAAAGUUCAUUUGAGUAUUCUUAUGAUGAUUUAUGCAAAGUUCUUGAUUGCUCUAUGAAUGACAUUAAGAAACUAGGAAAUGAGAAUAUUGCUCUUACUAAAACCAUUUCAUUGCUUAGGAAUGAGAUUGAAUCUCUCUCAAAACAAAAUGAGGUUUUAGUUAAAGAGAAUGCCUCUUUAAAUGGUGAGAUUGCUUCUUUAAAGAAUGAGGAGUCUAAUAAUGCUUUGAAAAAGGAAAAUGAGGAUCUAAAGAAAGGAAAUGAAGAUUUAAAGAAGGAAAAUGAGGUUUUGAAGAGAAAAGCUUGUGAUCUUGAGAAUGUGAUUUCCAAAUUUACCUUGAGUAAAGAAAAUUUUGAUUCUAUCUUAAAAUCUUAAAGAAGUAUUUAUGACAAAGGGGGCAUUGGAUUUGAUUA